AUGAAUAUCUCACAACAAUCAACUAAUUUUGAUUCUUUUUAAACAAGCGAGAACUCUUCUUUAAGAAGCAGUACUCAGAAAAGUUAGGCAAAAAAAAGAGAAGUCAGAAGUGAAUCUCCUCCUCCUUUAAGAAGGCUACCUAAAACUCCUUGGAAAACUGUUUUUUUAAGUUUGUUUUUAACUUUUGCUGGAUUUUUAUUAGUUACUACAGGCUUUCAUAACCUUCAUUUAGAUGAUUACUGGAAUUCCUUCUUAUAUUUCUUGCUUGCUGCUAUGCUCUUGAUUCCUGGUCUCUAUCACUUACAUAUUAUAGUAAGAGUUGUAAUGGGUUCUCCAGACUAUUCUUAUGAUAUGCUUACAUAAAUAGAUGAUUGA